CAUUACCCACAAUGCUUCCCGUGGGACGCCCACGCGGCCUCGUCCUCCAGCUCGACGCCGGCUCAGCCAGUGGUCGUCGCCGACUGUCCCGGGUCUGCGUGCUAAGGGUUUUGGUCCUCGCUUCUGGCCCGCCGAGCCUUCCACGCCCGCUCUCCCGCUCCCGUCCCGACCCGCUGCUCCGGGCCUGCCCCGAGCCCCCGCACGGGUCUCAGCGCUGCCGAGCCCUGAAAACAUCUUCCCCAGUGUCUGGCCAGAGGUAUAGGGAGAGACAGGUGUGAGCUCCAGGCCAGAGAAGGAACAAGGCUCACCAGGAGCAAUGGCGACCUCUCCCGGCUUCCAGCACCCGCCACCCCUGGAGCAGGAUGAGAUCCUGAUCGUGAAGGUGGAAGAGGACUGCUGCUGGGAAGAGGAGCCCUCCCUGGAGAUUGAAGACCCUAGCCCUGAGACCUUCCGCCAGCUCUUCCGUCUUUUCUGCUACCAGGAGGUGGCCGGACCUCGGGAGGCCCUGAGCCGCCUCUGGGAGCUCUGCUGCCGCUGGCUGCGCCCUGAGCUGCGCACCAAGGAGCAGAUCCUGGAGCUGCUGGUGCUGGAGCAGUUCCUGACGGUGCUUCCAGGGGAGAUCCAGGCCCGGGUGCGGGAGCAGCAGCCAGAGAGCGGUGAGGAGGCCGUAGUCCUCGUGGAAGGGCUGCAGCGGGAGCCCAGGAGACAAAGGCAGCGGGAUCCGGAGGUAGUCCCUGAUGACGCACUGGCCCACGGGACAGGGGAGUGGUUCUUAAAAUGCCAGGUGGAGGCCCAGCCAGGAGACCUGUCUCUGGAGGAAGGGGCUCAGCCCUCCAGCCAGCAGCCCCCAGCCCAGCUGAGCCACAGACCAAAAAGAGGCCCCCAGCUCUGGCCAAAGACGGGCCCAGCGGCCUCCCAGUGUCAGGAGACGGCGGCACUGGCCACAUCCUUCCUUUCAGCCUGGUCCCAGGUGAGUGGCAUUCCUGAUCUGCAGCAUCCCCGUGUGUCCCAUGCCCUUGUUACAGGGACACUUCUCUUGCGUGGUCAGGUCUGUGGGUUUCCAAGGCGGAUCUUCACCUCCUGGGAAGUCCUACCUGUUCUCAGAUGCCACCUGAGUAUUAGGUGUGUCCUGGAGGAUCCUGGAGUCUCAAUGCAGGUGCCGGUGACCUUGGAGGACGUGGCCGUGUACCUGUCCCAGGAGGAGUGGGGUUGCUUGGACCUGGCUCAGCAGGACCACAGCUGCAACAUGCUGCAGGAGGAUGAGGCAGGACUCCCCGCUCCUGGGCCCUGUCUGACUGCCCAGGAUGGGCCAGGGCAAGGCCUGCGGGACCCAGCUUGUGCGGCCUCGGGGCUGAGGGAAGUCUCUGGCAGUGCUGGCUCAGAGCUUGGGAGGCAGUUUGAGGACGGAGAGUAUGCCAGGGCAGACGCAUCGGUGAGAACAUGGUGGGGCCAAGCGCUCCCGGGUCUGGGUCAGGGGCCCGGCCCGACCAGACCCCAGCGGCCUCCAGACAGAGAGCGGCCCCUUGGGGUCCGGAAGCCGCACACGUGCCCCGAGUGCGGCAAGGCCUUUAGUAAGACGUCCCACUUGACCAAGCACCAGCGCACGCACACUGGGGAGCGACCCUACCAGUGCCAGGUAUGCGGGAAGCGCUUCGGCGACCGCUCCAACUGCAGCACGCACCAGCGGGUGCACACAGGCGAGAAGCCCUACGCCUGCGCCCAGUGUGGGAAGCGCUUCAGCCAGAGCUCCAGCCUGGUCAUCCACCGCAGGACACACACCGGGGAGCGGCCCUACGCCUGCAACGAGUGCGGGAAGCGCUUCAACAACAGCUCGCACUUCAGCGCGCACCGCAGGACGCACACAGGUGAGAAGCCCCACACCUGCCCGGCCUGUGGCAGGGGCUUCCGCCGGGGUACCGACCUCCGCAAGCACCAGCGCACACACGGCGGGGAGCAGCCGCUUCACAGACCCCAGAGGCUCCAGGACGCCCCAGGGGCCCGAGCCUGAUGAUUCGGGAAGCUGCCAGAGUCGCUUCUGUCCCGGAGCCAGAAACUCUGGUCUUCAGGCAUCUUCAGACUCCGUUUGCUCCCGUAGGCCCCAGCACGAGGACACGUGGUGGGACAUUUGGGGGGCCCAGGCUGAGGGAAGAAGCUGGGCCCUGCAGGUGUAUUAGGGUCUGGGGCAGCCACACAGAGGACCACAGCUGGGCCGCUUACAGCAGCAGGAAUUCUCUCACAGUUCAGAAGGCCAGAGUCUAAAAUCAAGGUGUCUGCAGGGCUGCCUCCUUCCUGCAGCUCUGAUGGAGGAUCUGUCCCAGGGCGCUCCUGGCUUCUGGUGCUGCCAGCUGUCCUUGGCGCACCUGGGCUUGUGGCCACAUCACUCUGCCUCCGCCUCCCCACAGCCUCUUCUGUGUCUCCCUCCAUGUGUUGUCUCCUCUUGUAAGGACGCAGUCAUUGGAUUUAACUGGUUACAUCUGCAGAGACCUUGUUUCCAAGUAAGGUCACCUUUUGAGAUUCUGAAUAUGAAUUUGGGGGGACACUUUUCUGCCCACUUUGGGGGAAGCCUCAAUGGCUAUGGUCUCUUGCAGCUUUACGUACCCCAGCCUUAUCUGGGCUUGGUCUCCUGUCUUUCCCCCGAACCUUGCUGCACUUUCAAAAUGUAGCCUGUUGCGGGGGGGUGGGGGGUGGUUUCCAGUAUCACAGUGGUUGUGGGUCACCUUCGCAGAGCCACAGCUGUUCUGUAGGAUGGAUGGCUUGUGCAGGAACGCUUCCCCGAGAUCCCAUCUUUCAGCCUCCCCCAGCCCAUCAGGAAGUCCCCAGGGUAGAGUGCCAGGGUUGCCUUUGUUCCGGCCCAAGUGGCCGUGUCCCAGGAUGCAGGCCGGCCUUGGUUACCCCACUUUGAAUUUCUGAGGUGGAUGUGCCUCUCUGAUCUGUUCACAUCCAUGGUGUCAUAGUGGCUGAGGGGAGCAGUAAGAGGCCUUGUUUCCUUUAGUCAUUAGUAAAGUUGUGGGGCAGCUCUGAAACCACUGGGUUCCGGAAUGUUCCAUUCAAUUGCUAGACAUAUUUUUACCUUUCCACACAACCCAGGUUCCGGGGUGUGUGACCUGCUCUUUGUUCCCUUAAUAAACGACGUCAGUCCGUCUGGC